AUUAAUUACUAUUUGUAUAUAUGUGAUGAUUCAAGAGAGAACAUCCUAGAGGCAUCAAAGCUAAUAGGCAAACAUGGAACAAGAAACAAAGUGGGUGAUCCAAAUCAAUGAGGAGCUCAAGAGUAUUAAUGGUGGUACUUGGGAACAUGAGAAGGAACAAUUAUGGAAGAGGCAUUGCAUAUACAAGAUACCCCCACGUGUCACUGCGUUGAACAAAAAGGCCUACAAACCCCAAGCGGUGUCGUUUGGUCCCUACCAUCACGGAGAGGAGCAUUUGAAGGAAAUGGAAGAUCACAAGCAUCGGGCUCUGAUCCAUUUUCUCAAGAGGUGCAAAAAGCCCAUCGAGGUGUUCUACCAUUGCAUGAAUGAAGUGGUUGAAGAGUUGAGAGACUCGUACAAUCCACUAGACCCAAUUUGGAUGCAGGACACGCCGAGGUUCGUGCAAAUGAUGAUUCUUGAUGGGUGUUUCAUGUUGGAGGUUUUAAGAGGCAGUGAUACUACUGCUCCCAAUCACUAUGCUGACAACGAUCCUGUCUUUGGCGAACACGGGAAACUCUACGUGGUGCCAUAUAUCAAACGUGACAUGCUUAUGCUUGAGAAUCAGAUACCCUUGAUGGUUCUUCGUAUAUUGAUCCAGGUUGAGACCGACACAACCCAGGGAGACGAGUUGUUGAUGGAACAAAUCCUCAAGUUCUUCAGCCCAGGCACAGUCGAAACAGGAAAGAUGGAGGUGAAAUGCAUGCACGUACUGGACGUAUACAGAAAAACCCUAAUUCAGCAAGGACCGACGCACCGAACGCGCGUGUCGAAAGCGAGCCGCAGAAAACUAUGGUGGGGCUCAUGGGAGCAGGAGGGGGAGAUAAUCCGGUCGGCGACGGAGCUCCAGGACGCCGGAGUCCAGUUCAAGAAGAGCCGGAGCCAAAGCCUGAGCGACGUGUCGUUCAUGAAGGGCGUGCUGAGGCUGCCAACCCUAGUGGUGGACGACACGACGGAGUACAUGUUCCUGAACAUGAUGGCCUUCGAGCGGCUCCACGGCGGCGCGGGGAACGAGGUGAGCGCGUACGUGUUCUUCAUGGACACGAUGAUCGACAGCGAGAUGGACGUGGCGGUGCUGCAUCGGACGGGGAUCGUGGUGAAUGCUCUGGGGAGCGAGAAGGCGGUGGCGCAGCUGUUCAACUCGCUGUCUCGGGACGUUGCGGUGGAUGGAGAAGGCGUGUUGGAUGUGGUGAGGAUGAGUGUCAGUAACUAUUGCAAGCAACCCUGGAACCUCUGGCGUGCCAAUCUUAUUCAUACUUACUUUAGGAACCCUUGGGCUCUUGUUUCUCUCGUUGCUGCUCUUUUUCUUUUUGCGCUUACCAUUCUUCAGACCUUUUUCACUAUUGCGCAGUAUUAUCAGCCUCCUGAUCAUUCCUCUCCCUUUAUCAUACCUUCUCCAAGGCCAUGGCAUCGUCCAUGAUUCAUUUUUUAUGCUUCUCUAUAUCUCCCUACUUCCACCAUUACUAUUCUCAUGAUUCAUCUUCAAUUUAAUAACAAAUAUUA